AAUUUCCCCUCUGAAAGGGCUGACAUCUCCUUACUGUACCAGCUGAAGAGACCCGACUGACUGCGCAACCAUGGGGUAUGGGCGAUCAGACAGCUACCGUGUGGCUACCACACACGACAAAGAUGAUAAAGGCUCUCCUGACAAGAAGAAAAAAGGGAAAGAUCUGGAUGACCUGAAGAAGGAAGUGCCUCUGACAGAACACAAGAUGUCAGUGGAAGAAGUGUGCCGGAAAUUCCAGACAGACAUAGUUCAGGGUCUGACUAAUGCCAAGGCGGCUGAGUUUCUGCUACGGGAUGGUCCAAACGCUCUCACACCUCCCCCAACCACGCCCGAAUGGGUAAAGUUCUGCAGGCAACUCUUUGGAGGCUUCUCCAUCCUGCUGUGGAUCGGCGCUAUCCUCUGCUUCUUGGCUUACGCCAUCCAGGCUGCCACUGAGGAUGAGCCAGCUGGGGACAAUUUGUAUCUAGGUAUUGUGCUGUCAGCUGUAGUCAUCAUCACCGGCUGCUUCUCCUACUUCCAGGAGGCAAAGAGCUCCAAGAUUAUGGAGUCUUUCAAGAACAUGGUGCCCCAGCAAGCGUUGGUGAUCCGUGAAGGAGAGAAGAUGCAGAUUAACGCUGAGGAGGUCGUGGGUGGAGAUCUUGUGGAGGUGAAAGGAGGUGACAGAAUUCCUGCUGACCUCAGAAUAAUAUCUUCCCAUGGCUGCAAGGUGGAUAACUCCUCUCUAACUGGGGAAUCAGAGCCACAGACACGAUCGCCCGACUGCACCCAUGACAAUCCUCUGGAAACCCGCAACAUUGCCUUCUUCUCCACUAACUGCGUAGAGGGCACUGCCCGUGGCAUUGUCAUAUGCACUGGUGAUCGUACAGUGAUGGGCCGCAUUGCUACUCUGACCUCAGGCCUGGAAACAGGGAAGACCCCCAUUGCCAAGGAGAUCGAGCACUUCAUCCAUAUCAUCACGGGCGUGGCCGUCUUCCUGGGACUCAGCUUCUUCAUCCUGUCUAUCAUCUUGGGCUACACCUGGCUGGAGGCUGUCAUCUUCCUCAUUGGUAUUAUUGUGGCUAAUGUGCCUGAAGGACUGCUGGCUACUGUCACUGUGUGUUUGACCCUGACAGCGAAGCGCAUGGCAAAGAAGAAUUGCCUGGUGAAAAAUCUGGAGGCUGUAGAGACUCUGGGCUCCACGUCCACCAUUUGCUCAGAUAAGACCGGAACCCUGACGCAGAAUCGCAUGACUGUGGCCCACAUGUGGUUUGACAACCAGAUCCAUGAGGCUGACACCACUGAGGACCAGUCCGGCGCAUCCUUCGAUAAGACCUCAGUGACAUGGGUGUGUCUGGCUCGUGUUGCGGCUCUGUGUAACAGGGCGGUGUUUAAAGCGGGCCAAGACACUCUACCAAUCCUGAAGAGGGACGUGGCCGGUGACGCCUCCGAGUCUGCCCUCCUGAAGUGCAUCGAGCUCUCCUGUGGGUCUGUCAGACUGAUGAGAGAUAAGAACAAGAAAGUAGCUGAGAUCCCAUUUAACUCCACUAACAAAUAUCAGCUAUCCAUCCAUGAGACUGAGGACCCCAAUGAUAACCGCUAUCUGCUGGUGAUGAAGGGAGCUCCAGAGCGCAUCCUGGACCGCUGUUCCACCAUCAUGCUACAGGGCAAGGAGCAACCCAUGGAUGAAGAGAUGAAGGAGGCUUUCCAGAACGCCUAUCUGGAGCUGGGAGGACUGGGCGAGCGAGUGCUGGGAUUCUGCCACCUCUUAAUGCCUGAGGAUCAGUACCCUAAAGGUUUUGCCUUUGACACAGAUGAUGUUAACUUCCAGACAGACAACAUGUGCUUUGUGGGCCUGAUGUCCAUGAUUGACCCUCCCCGUGCCGCUGUGCCUGAUGCAGUGGGCAAGUGCCGUUCAGCUGGUAUCAAGGUCAUCAUGGUGACUGGAGACCACCCCAUUACAGCAAAAGCCAUCGCCAAGGGAGUGGGCAUCAUCUCAGAGGGCAAUGAGACAGUAGAAGACAUUGCAGCUCGUCUCAAUAUCCCAGUCAGCCAGGUCAACCCCAGGGAUGCCAAAGCCUGUGUAAUCCAUGGGACAGAACUGAAGGACAUGUCUCAAGAUCAAAUAGAUGAGAUUCUGCGCAACCAUACUGAAAUUGUCUUUGCCAGGACCUCUCCCCAGCAAAAGCUCAUUAUUGUGGAGGGCUGCCAGCGACAGGGGGCUAUUGUAGCUGUGACUGGUGAUGGUGUAAAUGACUCUCCUGCUCUAAAAAAGGCCGAUAUCGGCGUUGCCAUGGGGAUUGCUGGGUCCGAUGUGUCCAAGCAGGCUGCUGACAUGAUCCUGUUGGAUGACAAUUUUGCCUCCAUUGUUACUGGAGUAGAAGAGGGUCGCCUGAUCUUUGACAACCUGAAGAAAUCCAUUGCUUACACUCUGACCAGCAACAUCCCAGAGAUCACCCCCUUCCUCUUGUUCAUUAUUGUCAACAUCCCAUUGCCCCUGGGUACCAUCACGAUUCUCUGCAUCGAUUUAGGCACAGACAUGGUUCCUGCUAUCUCUCUGGCCUAUGAGGCAGCUGAGAGUGACAUCAUGAAGAGGCAGCCCAGGAACCCACUGAGGGAUAAACUGGUCAACGAGCGUCUCAUUAGCAUUGCUUAUGGACAGAUUGGUAUGAUCCAAGCCUUGGGAGGUUUCUUUAGCUACUUUGUAAUUCUGGCUGAGAACGGUUUCCUUCCCUCUUAUCUGGUGGGCAUCAGGCUGUCCUGGGAUGACCGUAGCGUCAACGACCUAGAGGACAGCUAUGGACAGCAGUGGACCUAUGAGCAGAGAAAGAUUGUGGAGUUCACAUGCCACACAGCGUUCUUUGUCAGUAUUGUGGUUGUGCAGUGGGCUGAUCUAAUCGUCUGCAAGACCAGGCGUAACUCUGUGUUCCAACAGGGCAUGAAGAAUAAAAUUCUGAUCUUCGGUCUAUUUGAAGAGACAGCUCUAGCUGCAUUCCUGUCCUACUGCCCAGGCAUGGACGUGGCACUCAGGAUGUACCCACUAAAACCUUCCUGGUGGUUCUGUGCAUUCCCGUACAGUUUCCUAAUCUUUGUGUAUGAUGAAAUCCGAAAGCUUCUCCUGCGCCGAAACCCUGGAGGUUGGGUGGAAAGAGAGACAUAUUAUUGAUUGAUGAAUUCCUUCUUUACUCACACCCCUACAUCUUCCAUUUUUCUUCUACUCCUUCUCCUUCUAUCCCUGUUGAAGAUUCACAACCAUUGCAAAGGAACCUUAAAGCCAACACCACGCCUGCCCCAAAGAGAAAACUACAAAGCACCUUCUAAACUCUUGACCAUCCAAGUCCCUGCGCUGCUCCCAUCACCCCUAAUAUUACUCUUUGCAUGUCUUUUCACUCGGGUGUGCACAUAAAGUCUGUUAUAUAUUUACCAAUGGCAGCUGCAUAAUCAUUAUGUAGAUCCGAGAGGAGCUUUUAAUGCUUAUCAGGAGCGUGCGCGCGCGUGUGUGUGUGAGCGUGUGGUGCUCUGUUAACAAAGGGUCCAGCCCUCUGCUUCUUCCUCACAUCCACCUGCCUCCUUCUUCUUCUACUCUUCUGUACCCCUCCCAUCCCUCCCUUCCGCCUGUCCUCCAAUUGCACACGGGUAUGUGGGUCACAUGACCUGCGGCGGGACGCCACCUGCUGACACCGGUACACUCUGGUCAGUUCCUCUUGCUGACUCCUGUUGUCUGGGAGAAGACACGUCCACACCUUCCUUUUUCUUCUCUCCGUGCUGUUCAUGUUGAUUGUCCUUUUCGUUUUUCUCAUUGUAUAGUUUGCUGUGAUGUUACCUUGAGAGGAAGGCAGGGUCAUUCACUGACUGGUUUUUAUUAUUAUUAUUAUUAUUAUAGUUGUGGUUAAUUGAAGAUGGAGAGAACCAUGUUGGCUCUUUCUGCAUGAAAAUAUAAACAUGAGUUUUACAUCUCUCUCUCUCCAUCUCUCUCUUUCA